UGGCAAAUGGAACUUAUGUAGAAUACUCAAAUGAAGACCACUUCCGCUGCUCAUGGCGGUGGUCUUCUUCUCCAUCCUACGCCAAAAUCUCACCGAUUGCCAAUUUUUCUCUUCAUCCCUCACCACCUCCGCAACUCUGCAGUGCCGAAACACCUUAUUCUGCAUCCGCUCAUACUCUGCAGGUCUCGCCGCUGGGACUCCAAUGCUGAGACCUUCAGGACCCAGAAUUUCAACUUUAACGGAGAUGAGGAUGAAGAAGAAGAUGAUGAUGAUGGAGAAGGAGGCUUCCCUGAUUUUAUUGAUGAGUUUCUUGAUAAUAUUUGGAUUCUUAAGGUUUUCCAGUCCUAUGGCUGGACAUUUCCACCGAUUAUUUUGUCUAUACUGAUCUCUAGCGGUCUUAAAGCUUUCCUUAUGGCCUUAGCUCUUCCCGUAGGGCAAUCAGUGCUUACCUUUUCAUUUCAAAAGUUGUGGGGCUUGGCACAAAACAAACCAAGGCGCAAGAAUCAGAAGAGGCCCCGGAACCGCACUCCCAUAAACAAUAACGUCAGGAGAAAAGGACAAAGGCCAAGCACUAGAAACGGAAAGACGGGUUAUCGACCAGGGACCACGAGAGUUUAUGACUCCCCUAGUAGGAACGACCAAGAUGCACCUACUUUCGGUGGUUGGGACGAACUAGAUCAAAGAAGGGACUUUAAUAUGGAGCCGCCUCAACCAUCAGUUGGACCGUCGAGGACAGCUACAGAGAAAGGAAAGUUGAAUAGGAGCGGGAGGGAAAAUGGCGCACCCUUGUUGCUAAGGUUGCUGAUUGCCGUUUUCCCGUUCUUGAGUUCAUGGACUAAGAUGCUAUAGUUAGUCUGCUUUGAUGUGGUUUCACUGACAACAGAGCUAAAGUUCUUUCCUGUAAUUCAUCAGGACAUAGUAUCCACACCAGUAAGCCUCAUUUUGAUUUGAACUGGGCUUAAAAUAUUUUUUGCACCAUAAAAAUUCCCAAAACUGGGUUCAUAGAUUCUAUUCUUAUUCUAACUUUUUGUAUUCAAGAGAAAUAUAGGGAGUGUAUUACUCAUUCUUGUAUU